AUGUCAGCAGAGCACUAUUCGCAGCACAUUGAUGAAUGGUGCAAUGAUAGUAGUUUCAUCAAUAAGAAAACUGUUGAUGAACUUUGCAUUAUAUUAGAUCACUGUCAGUUCACAUCUAAGCAGUUCAAACAGUUAUUUACUAUUAUAAAAGCAUCUUGCAGCAUUGAUGAAUCACUUUCAUUGAUGAAACAUUCGAAAAUCUUGAAUCAUAAUGAUCCAAAUGAGUCAAAAUUGAUAUUGGAAUAUGUAUCCAAAUUCUUUGAUAUUCCACUCAUAUACGAAGUUUGCAAUGAUAUAAUCUAUACAUACAAGUUCCAAAAUCGCAUUAAAAAUGCACCAACUGCAACAAAUACAGAUUCUUCAAAUAGAAACCCACAAAAAGUCGCAACAAGUGAUGAAAAUACAGCAGCUUUGAGAUCUAUUCCAAAGAAUGCAGCCCACUUUUUAAAUAUAUAUGAAAUCCUUCAAAAAACUUCAAAUGAAAAUGAUGAAUACACAAUCAAAGUUGCAGUUGAUGAAAAAUAUACAGAAGUAAAAAGUGGAGGUAUUGGAGCAUAUCCACUUUUAUACGCUGCACUUUCACAAGAAAAUAAUCUCGUCUUCACUCUUGUAAAGUAUGGUGCAGAUCCUACAGUGAAAACAGAUUAUUUAGAUUCUCUUCUUCACAUUUUUGUAACUAAAAAUAACUUGGAAGGGUUAAAAUUUGCAAUUAAAUAUGUUGAUGUAAAUUCACAAGAUGUUGAAGGCUCCACUCCACUUCAUAUUGCAUAUCGAUAUGGUUUUGUUCAUAUUGCUGAUUUCCUCCUUGAACAACCAGGAUUAAAUCCGAACAUUAUGAAUCAAAAAGGUGAGACACCUAUUAACAUUUAUCAACGUACCAAACAAGCUUUAAAAAAUAAUUAA